CCUCGCCUUAUCCCCUCCCCCAUUCCCUUCUCCCCCCUCCCACUCCGCCAUGGCCUCCUUCGUUUCCGCCUCCUCCACCACCACAGCACUCCUCUGCUCCGCCCCUCCCGCCUCCCGCGGCGGGGGCUCGUGGUGGCGUGGGCGGCCCCGGCCCGGCGCGCGCUCGCGGCUCCUCUGCGCGCGGCAGCGGCGCAGGGGUCGGCCAACUCCGCGCCGGUCAUGAUGGAGAGCAAGGUCAAGAAGAGGAACAAGAAGGGCGCCGGCGCCGGGGGCCUCCCCGCCGCCAUCGACGUCGAGAUCCGGGAGGCCGAGCAGUACCUCGCCACCGACGGGCAGGAACCUACUCCAGAAGACUUCCCCUUUGAAAUGGUUGAUGAAGAUGGGAUGAGCGUGGUUAUUCUGAAAAGGGACUACAAGGAUGAGAAGAUUGAGGUCAUUGUCAGCAUGCCUAACGUGGAAGGGGAUCCUGAGUUUGAUGAAGAUGACGAGGGCGAUGAUGAGGAUGCUGCCAAGGACGAUGACGAUGAAGAUGAGGACGGCCAAGAAAGUAGCCUUUCUAUGAAGGUGAUAGUCUCCAAGGAAUCUGGCCCGAACCUCGAGUUCACCUGCACAGCCUUCCACGAGGAGAUCACCAUUGACGACAUGAUGAUAGCAGAGAAAACAGAGUCUGAUUCAGAGAAAUUCCCCUUUGAGGGCCCUGAGUUCACCGAGCUUCCUCCGAACGUGCAGAAGGGCCUGUUCAAGUUCCUGGAGGUACGAGGUGUGACGCUGACGACCACCAACUUCAUGCACGAUUACAUGAUUACCAAGCAGACCAAGGAGUACGUCCGGUGGAUGACCAAGCUCAAGGGUUUGGUUCAGUAGUGACGUUGAACAGAUGGCCUUGCCCCGUGACUCGACAGCAAAAUUUGGUAGUGUAGCCUUCUAGCACGCGUAGCAAGAGCACUAAGAACCCUGCAAAACCAGUAGUUUGAAGUGUAUCUGUAGUCCUGUAUCAGCAGCUAGCUAGGCAGAGUGAGUUCCAUUUGUGUUCUUCUGGAGCUGGCCGGUGAAAAUCCUGUAGGAAGGUGGUUACUAGUAGCGAUGAAACAAGACUUCCUGAGCUUAAUACAAGCUGUGUUUCUGAUACUUUUAUGCUUAAAUAUAUCCGGUAAUGACUGUUGUUAGAUGA